UCUUUUGUUGCACGUCAAUGCCCGAACUGUUAAGAACGCUUGGACACCGUAGACUACCACGACGAUAAACUCGUCUGAUACGCAAGAUAUCGGUUUUUUGAGAGAUAAAAUUGGGCACAGCAUCUUGUGACGCAUCACAAACACUCGAGUGCCGCGCGGUUAGUCGUUGUCAGUUACUGACUAGCGCGGUGCAUACCUCUGGAUCUGACAAUCUGACGUCGUACUCGAACGCAAAUGACUAUAUGUCAAAGGCAGUGAACAGCGCACUAUAAGUGAACAAUUUAUAAUUUCUACCGGUGGAGCUGGAUUUCCUCCGACCGUAUAAAACAUGUUGGCCCUCAUCAAUCGGAUUUUGGACUGGUUUAAGUCCCUCUUUUGGAAAGAGGAAAUGGAACUUACUCUCGUCGGCUUGCAGUACAGUGGAAAAACUACCUUCGUAAAUGUCAUAGCGUCAGGACAAUUUAGCGAAGACAUGAUUCCAACUGUUGGUUUUAACAUGCGCAAAAUAACAAAAGGCAACGUUACCAUAAAGGUGUGGGAUAUUGGAGGUCAACCGAGGUUCAGAUCUAUGUGGGAAAGAUAUUGCAGAGGGGUGAACGCGAUAGUAUACAUGGUAGAUGCAGCAGAUUUUGAUAAAAUAGAAGCGAGUCGCAACGAGUUGCACAAUUUAUUGGAUAAACCUCAACUGGCCGGUAUACCAGUGUUGGUUCUUGGCAACAAAAGGGAUUUAGACCGUGCUUUAGAUGAAAACGGACUCAUAGAUAGAAUGAACUUAGCUGCUAUUCAAGAUCGCGAGAUUUGUUGCUAUAGCAUUUCGUGCAAAGAAAAAGACAAUAUCGAUAUUACGUUGCAGUGGCUUAUAGCACAUUCUAGAAGUGGUGUUCGCUAAUACGUGUAAUAAAUUUUACAUACUUAUACAUUCUUAUCGAAAAGCCCAAAAUAUUGAUAGCAGAAUUGGGAUCAAACGUACGAGGGAGUGUUCAGCGAUGAUUUCACAUUGGAUUGAUUUAUUACUGUAGAGAAUUUUUUUUAUAUCUAAGCUUUAGCUGUUCUUCGUUCAAACAAUAUAUAACUCGUCGAAAAUUGAAUGAAAAGAAACCAAGGAUGUUAUGCUUAAGCCAAAUAUGCUCGUGUGAACAAUAAUGAGACACGUUCAUCCUUGCAAGCACCUUAGGAAUAAGUAACUUUUUUAUAUUGUGUUUUUAGAUAGUCUGUUUAAAUAACAGUGCCGUUUCUGUAACGUAAAACCAUGAAAGGAAAAUAGCAUUUACUGGUCAACAUAGAGACAGUCUCAGCUAGUAUGAAUACAGGCGCAUAAUAAUAUCAAUUAUCAUAUAUUACUUAUUCUCGGAACUAUUUAAUUAAGAUUAAUACAUCACGGCAUAGAGUACAUUUGAUCGCUGUAUGUACACGAACAUGAUGCUAAGUAAACUUGUAUAAUUAAUGGAGAAUUAUUAACAAUAUUAUACCGAUUUAUUAUGAUCCUUAAAAAUAUGACAGUUGUGUUAUGUAUAUACACGUAUACAGAUAUAUAUAUAUAUAUAUAACGGAAUAAAAAUAUGUAAUUCAUUUUUUUUUCAAAUGGGAGAUCGCCUUUAAAGAAAUUUCUAUUAUCAAGAGACAGAAAUAAUAAAAUAUUAUAUGUUUUUAAAAUGACAAUGUUUAGGAUAAAAUUAACAAACAUUCAAACUGCUAUGAGUCAUUUUGAUUCGUCAGCGAUGCGUAUGACAUCACCAUAUAAUCGAUUGAACGUUGUGUCGAGAAUCGAUAUGUUAGAAUUCUUGUCUGUGUAACGCAGUUGUGUGUGAGCUGUCACACUGCGUGGUUCGAGGGACGUAGUUUCACGCGUAGAGAACAAAUAGUGUUUUAUAGAAAAAUAUUUAUUUGCAAAAGUUAUAAUGGCACCAAUCAACGAAGACCCUUAUGCACACGCAGCAAAGGGCCUUUUGAAACUAAAGAAUGAUCAAGGGGUUAGCAAGAA